AUGAUGAGAUCCGUGGUGGCUCCUGAUACAGGCGUGAAGAAGCGGGAGGAGGUGUUCGUUGAUGUGAUCGAACGGCUGAGCGUGACUUUUAGCCCCAACGGAUACAUCCUGACGUGUGAGAUUGACGGAACCAUACAGAUGAAGAGUUAUCUGACCGCGAAUCCUGAAGUUAGGAUAGCUCUUAACGAGGACCUCGUUAUAGGCCAGAGGAACGCUCCACCGUCGUUGCUGUAUGGAGGGGGAGGCGGGAUGGGGGAAGAUGGGAGCGGAGGCUUUGGAAUUGUUGUUCUGGAUGACUGCAACUUUCAUGAGAGCGUACGGUUGGAUACCUUUGAUGUGGACCGGACAAUGACUCUCGUGCCACCAGACGGGGAGUUCUCAGUCAUCAAUUACCGCAUGACACACGAGUUCAAGCCUCCGUUCCGGGUGUAUCCAGUUCUGGAGGAGAUUACUCCUUUCAAGGUAGAGCUGUUCAUAAAGUUAAAGGCAGAGUUUCCCGCCACAGCAACCGCCAACUCCAUUGUCGUCCGUGUGCCGCUGCCCAAGAGUGUGAUUAAAGUGAGCUGUGAUUUAGACCCUGGAGCUGUGGGACAGUCAACGGAUUUCAAGGAUGCGUCCAAGACUCUGGAGUGGACUAUAAAGAAGAUGCCUGGUGGUGGGAAUGAGCAUACAUGCCGGGCCAAGAUGACCCUGAAUCAGGAGCGGGGUUCGGGGAACAUGAAGAAAGAGACUGGUCCGAUUAGCCUGUCGUUCAAUGUCCCCAUGUACAACGCAUCUAGGCUCCAGGUCAGGUUCCAUUGGUACUGGAGACUAAUCGUCAUCGUCAUGGCACUAUACUCCUCUCUUAUCACCCCAUUUGAGUUCGCUUUUUUCCGACUAAGAUUCCCUCCUUUGGGCUUACUAAUCAUGGACGUUGUGUCAAAUAUCACAUUUCUGGCGGACAUUUUCAUCACUUUUAGAGUAGCCGUUAAGGAUCAUCGGACAGGCACUCUGAUUGCUGACCGAAGGAGGAUUGCAAUAAGGUACCUGCAGGCCUGGUUCACUCUUGACUUCCUCUCAUGCGUUCCAUGGGAAUACGUGUACCAGGCAUCUGGACACCUCGUGUUUGAGAUUCUUUUGUGGCUUCGACUGAUUCGCGCUCGACACUUGAAAGAAUUUGCUGACAGGCUGGGGAAGGACACCCGGUACCACUACUUCCUGGUUCGCUGCACGGAGAUGUUUCUCACGGAAUUUUAUGUGGUCCACAGUGCUGCGUGCAUUAUGUACUUUCUGGCUCUCACCAUGCCUGAAGAUCAAUCAGGAUACACAUGGAUUGGAAGCCUUAAGCUUGGAGACCAGAGUUACGCUGACUUUCGAGAAAUGAACAUUUUCCAGCUGUAUUGUGUGAGCCUCUAUUGGGCUAUGGUGACAAUGGCGAGUCUUGGUUAUGGCGAUGUUCAUCCUGUCAAUCCCCGCGAGAUGAUUUUCACCAUUGCCUUUGUGGUCUGGGACAUGUUGUUCACGGCAUACCUUAUCGCCAACUUCACAGCGUUGGUUGUCAGAUACCAGUCAAGAUCGGAGAUUUUGCGUGAACGGCUUUCAAACGUUACCAGAUAUGCCAACAGAAAGCAGAUUCCUGCUGGAAUGAAGGAGCAGCUGCUAUCCCACGUUGUGCUGAAGCAAGAGGCGUUGGAGGAGGACAACAAGCUGGUCAACGAGUUUCCCAUCUCCAUCCGUGAUGGGGUUGCAAUGUCCCUGCAUGGGAAGGUUUCACGACUGCGAGUGGAGUAUUUUCUUCCCGGGGAGGUGGUGGUGAGUCGGCAUGACAACAACCAUCAGCUCUAUCUGCUCGUGCAAGGAGAAGUGGAAGAAGUUCAUUUUAGUAGGAAUGGAGCUCGAGUGGCCACGGUGUGGAGUUCAGGGGAAAUGUUUGGGGAGGCAGGGUUGCUCGCCAGCAAGUUCUCCCCCUUCACUGCGCACGUCAAGUCUUUCUGCAAGGUGCUGAGGAUCGAUGGCCAAGUCUUUUCAGAGGCCAUUGCGUUUCAUCAGGAAGAUGGAGAGAGGAUCAUCAGCAAUUACUUGCAGAAAUUUGGGCAAUUGGAAUCUGAACCGCUAGACUUUGGUCAGCCCAGGGCUCGUCGCCUCACAGACACGGCAGAGGAAGUGCGCCGAGCCGUGUCACAGCGGCAGGCACAGCAGACUCUGAGCGCCAUACAACAAGCAGCACGGGGGGACCUUGACCACCUCAAGAUGUUGAGAAAGCUGGGAGCGGAUUUUUCCAAAGGGGACUUUGACGGCCGGACUGCACUGCACCUGGCAGCUUCCAGGGGCUUUCCGGACAUCUGCAGUUUCAUUCUGAGGGAAGGAGGUGCUGCCAACAGGAAAGACCGGUUUGGCGUGACGCCUCUCCUGGAGGCCCUUCGAGCAGGCCACAUGCAGACAGCCGAGGUGCUUCGGGAGCAUGGCGCCGAGGUUCUCCUGGACGACCCCGCAAGCGAGCUGUGCCAUGCGGUGAAGCGCGGUAUGGUGGAGUACCUCGAGCGCCUGCUGUCCUUCGGCCUGGACCCCAACGAAGCGGACCAUGAUCUGCGCACGCCCCUGCACGUGGCAGCAGCAGAGGGGUCCGUUGUUCUCGUGCGCCUGCUGCUGGAGCAUGGGGCAGAUGCAUGGGCACGGGACCGGUUGGGUAACCUGCCAGUCGAUGAGGCGUGCCGGAAUGGGGCGAGGCCGGUGAUUGCACUGCUCAAGGAUGGCAUGCGGGUGAAGCUUCCACCGCUGGCAAGCCGACCACCAGCUGGACGAACCAUCACUCGAGGAGGCUCACAGCGCCGCCGCCACACCCACCACCUGCCCUCAUCUUCCAAUGCGGGGGCCCCCGCCACCACUACCAACAGUGCCACUACCACCACUGGCACAAGCAACACUGGCACUGCCACCAGCAACACUGCCAGCCACUCCCUGGCCAGCAGGCGGCGCUCCCACAGCGUCGACACCUGGUCCGACCAGAUCGAAUCCGUCCCUGACGGCAGCAGCUCAGGAGCCGCAUCCCCCUCCACCUGCCUGCCCUCCGACCCCCUCCUCCAGCAGCGCGUCAUGCACCUGCGCCGCCGCCCCACCAGCUCCGUGCACAUCCCCAGUGAUCUCCUGGUCGACCUCCUCCCUGGCCCGGUCAUCGAUGAGUACCUCUCAGAACACCAGACGGCUUCGAACCAGCCACUCUCCACCCCACCUGCAUCGCCCCUCGCACAUUCGCUUCAUCCGAAUCUCCAUGGUGCUCAUUCUUUGACCCCGCCGCCCUCGUGUGAUGGCGGCUCUGCGUUACAGCCACGCUCAUCCUCAGCGACCUUCCCACUCUCUGAACCAUACCCCUCUGCCUCUGAUGCCGUCCCUCCUGCUCCACAUCCACACACAGCACAUAAUGCACACGCUGUGCACGCCGAACACACCGUGCACACCGCACCACGCCCUUCUUCUGCUGCUCUCCCCCCUGCUCCACCUGUCCCUGGUGUAGCCUCUGCUCCCCGUGCACAGCAGCGGCCCACACCCAUCACCAUCAACCCUCCAGACAGAAGCUUCAGCCGCUCCUCCACAGCACCGCACUCAUCACUAGACGAGGUUCGCACCCAACUGAUACCACCCACGCCAGAACCCUCGACUCCCUAUGCAACCAGCCAGCCCCUGUCAGGGCCCCUGGUGGGAGUGGGAGAGCCGAUCACUCCCUACCCUCAUCGCAACUACAUCCCUGCAGGGUCGUUCUCUGGAUCGUUCAGGGCCUUGCCUCCGCCUCCCACCCCAUCUGCGGCUGUGGUUAACCGUCGAGUGACAGUCUUCCCAUGCCACCCAUGGGGCACUGGCCAAGCUGGCAAACCACCUGGGGAUUCUCGUGGGGAUGCUGUACUGCACAGGGGAGCUUGUGGCAAACCACCUGAAUGUUCACCUGAUCCGGCAAUACAUUCAUCAGGGGAUUCUGCAUUGCCUGAACCUGGGAUGGAAAGAGGUGCUCAGGGAAGGGCUGGAGACGAGAAUCCAUCCAUGGGACGACCAUAUGGGAAGGUGGUUUUGCUACCUCGCUUUAUGGCCACACUGAAAGAGCAGCUGAGCACCCUGUUUGGAUUCUCUGUGCGAAUCCUUGUGAAUAAGGACGGUGGGGAAAUCACUGACAUGGAUACAAUUCGGGAUGGAGAUAUCAUCUUUGCUCCACCAUCUGAACCUGCUUCAUCUGGUUCCCUUGUGUGCCCAUCCUGCCAAUGUAGAAAAGUACCAAGCACCGGGUGA